ACACAACAUACCAUUAAAUAUAUGAUUUACUUUCUCCAACAAAUAUAGAAAUACAGUACAUGUCCAACAGUUGUAAGUAUUUAUGCUAACAUGCUGAAUGUAAUACAAAUGUGGUGUAUUUUUUGUUCAGAGUAUUAUUACAAAUAGUAAAACUUUAUUACUGAUGAAACAUAGCAGCAUCUUUCAUUCUUCUACCCCUGUUAAAUGUUACUUGCAUUAUUGAUUUUCAGGUCAGUUGUAAAGUUCUUACACUUCCUGAAAUUAGAACAUGUUUGAUGGUUUCUUUUGUAUAUAAGAAACUGUAUAUAAUAUAAGAACAAACAUAUUCAUAAAUGAAGGCGAUUCAGACAACCGUCUGCGUCUUCUCAGUCAGUCUUCCCUUCAUUUGUUUCAUUUCAUGGUUUUCUUUCCAGCCUGUUGCCACUUGCCAUCGUGUCCAUGGUCGCAGGCAUUGUCGUUCAGGCUGACGACUGGGAGAUAGCCGUCAAACUUGCACAGUUCAUCGGAGUAGUCGUUUUUGGCCUGAUAAUCCAUGGAUCAGUCGUUUUACCACUGAUCUAUCUCCUGCGAGUGCGACGUAACCCCUAUGCCUUCAUGAAGGACAUUUUCCCUGCCAUAAAGACUGCAUUUGUUACCCCUUCCAGCUCCGCCUCCAACACCAACAGGAACGGAACUGUGAUUUAUGAUGUGGUCGCAGCAGUCUUCAUCGCCCAAAUCCACCACAUCGAUUGGGACUUAGGCACGCUCAUCAUGAUCGCUUUGACAUCAGCAGUGCCGAGCACUGGAGGAACUGGGACCCCAGCUACAGGAGCAGUGGCCGUCUUUUUUAUCUUGACUGUGGUGAACGUACCUGCUAAUGAAGCCUGCCUUCUCGUGCUUGUGCACUAUCUCCUAGAACGCUGCAACGCCGUCAUCAACGUCCUGGGCGACUGCAUCGGCGUGGCUCUGUGACCGGGCGUCAACAAGAGACGUGAGAGUCGAGGAGGAGCUCGGACAGGAGAUGCAAAGCAUGUCUCGGAUCAGUCCGGAGGACGAGCUGACGAGCCGGGCCCCCCGAGAGCCGAGCAGCAGGAGGAGCAGGAGGAGCAGGAUGGGGUGUCCUGGGGAGUCCUAUGGGAUGUGAGACGGGAGCUGUUCUUCCAGAAAGCCCGUCGGCCCAAAGAUGAACGUUACGAUGAAAGUCUCCGUUUGAUUCCUUCUACCGGUUGGACCCGACAUGCCACGUUCAACGAGUCCAGAAGGCCGAGCCCUUUGUCCGGCUGCUGGGAGGCGAGGAGCUUCCAGACGGACUCCAGGAGCUGGUGGACGAGGUGCCGGCUCAUGUCUCCUGUCCUCAGCCUCCAGAGGACGUCAUUCAUGCUGCUGAGGAGACGUCCUCCUCCAUGUCGUCUGUUCUUUGGUUUUGUUUCAAUGUUCUCCAUCCAGUUAGGAGUUCGGUACAAAAGCAUCAUUUCAUAUACUGCCGGGUUCUGUUACUUCCUCUCCUAUUUUCUAUUUUUGUCAAUGAAAAUCUUGUAAAUAGAAAUGAUGCAUUGCUUUAGUUGGAUUAUUUAGAGUGAAGAUAUAUGUUGGUAUUUGUUACUGAUGGUUGCCAACUGACAUGACACGUUUUGCCAUGUUGGAUUUUUUUGUACGAUAAAAUAUCUUUGUGGUCAUUUAAGCUAUGUUUGGCAAAACACAAAACAAAAAUAUAAUCGUCUAAUCGUUAUGAAGAUGAAAAAUGAGCACUGAUUGUACUUGUUCAGUGGUCUGCUGAGGGUGACGGUUGGUUGACGUCCACCUUCAGCUGGAAGAGAGACAGAGGAGUCCUGAGAGACACAAACACCAGACAUGAAUAUGUUUGAACUGAACCACACAACCUUUACAUUAUCGUGUUGGAUCUGGCCUCCAUGAUGGGAUCGUAUUACUGACACUUCUGUAGUCUGAGUGAGGGAUUACUUACUCCGCCCACUCAAAGAAAGGCAACGACCGCUCUUCAUCUGGUCCUGUAGUCCUUCAGCCUUCUCAUGUGGUCCUCCCUCGUCAUCUUCUUCGUCGUCGUUAAGGAGAUCCUGGCAGACUCUUCUGUGUCACAGCAAUCGAUACCUAAAUAAAAAAGUAUAACCACGCCAACCAGCCUUCCCCCGCCAGGUGCGAGGGAAGGCUGGUUGGAACUGUAUCCGUCCUGCCGGGCAGUCGGGUUCCUGCUCCUCCUGGUGGACUCUUCUGGAUUCUGGGGGGCCGGAGCUGCUUCAAGACGUUCCACAGCUAAAGAGAGGGUGAGAGGACAGGAAUACCAAAGGACAGAUACGGGACAACAUUCCUGCCAACUGCUAUCAGACUUUAUAAUAAAUCACCUAAUAAAUUGAUCAAUAACCCUUUCACUGUAUUUACGCUCUGUAGACUUUGCAUUUUAUUUAUCAUCUAAUUUUCUUAAAUUGAAUAUUUCCUGCUCUGCUAUCUUAUUGUAUAUAUUGUGUGUUUACUCUGUAACCUUACUUCGAUAACCAAAUUCCCCCCUGUGGAUGAAUAAAGUAUCUGUUCAUCGCUC